AUGAGAAUCGCGACCGCAUCUGCGUUGGCCGUGGCCAUGGCCUCGUCCCUGGUCAGCGCGUAUCCCAUCACGGGAACCACGGUCAACUGCCGAGCCGAGCCCAACACGAGCUCCGCCGUCAAGAAGACGUACGCAAAGGGCGUCGACGUCAAGCUGGUGUGCCAGACCGAGGGGCCGGUCAUCGAGGGCAACUCCAUCUGGGACAAGACGACCGACGGCUGCUACGUCGCCGAUUUCUACGUCAAGACUGGCAAGAACGGCUACGUCACCGACAAGUGCUCUGGCGGUGGCACCCCCAAGCCUCCCUCGGGUGGGUUCUGCAAGGGCCUCAACGCGGGCGGCAUCGAGUUCGUCAAGGCCCACGAGGGUUUCGUCGCGAAGCCCUCGCCCGACCCCGUCGGCCUUCCGACCGUCGGCUACGGCCAUCUCUGCAAGAAGAAGGGCUGCGCCGAAGUCAAGUACAAGUUCCCUCUCACCAAGGCGACCGCGUCUCAGCUCCUCAACGACGACAUCCCCAACUACACCGGCUGCCUGGGCAAGGCGCUCAACAGCGGCAAGGUCAAGCUGAACGACAACCAGUGGGCUGCUCUCACGUCCUGGACCUUCAACGUCGGAUGCAACAACAUGCUGAGCUCGACCCUCCUUAAGCGCCUGAACAAGGGCGAUAACCCCAACACCGUCGCCUCCGAGGAGCUUCCCAAGUGGCGCCUGGGCCAGGGCGGCAAGGUCCUGCCCGGACUUGUUAGGCGCCGCAAGGAGGAGGUUGCCCUCUUCAAGAAGGCCUCGUCCAAGUCCGCCUUCCCCAAGUGCCAGUGA